AUGCCUGCUGAGCCUUCACUUCACUCACCCAAACACCUCGGUGUAUGGCAUCGGCACACCGGACAGGCUGCGUCCAAGACCCGCAAGAUCUCGUCCUCUGAAUCUUCUGAGCCAGUCGUGGAUCCUGGGACUCUGGAGAUCAGCGUCUCCGAUCCCCAGCGCAUCGGCGAUGGCAUGGGCAGCUACAUGGUGUACAACCUCAACACAAAGACCACCAUGAAGGGCUUUGCCCAGCCCAGCUUUGAAGUGCAACAUCGUUACUCAGAUUUUCAUGCGCUCUACAAGUAUCUGGUGGAAAAGUACCCGGGCCUUUUGGUGCCUCCCCCGCCUCCCAAGAGCGCCGUCGGUACCGGAAUGAUGAAGUUCAAGUCGCAGGGCGAUGAGGUGACCCCCUUCAUUGAGCAGCGUCAGUUUGCUCUUGAGCGCUUCAUGCAGCGCAUCGCCGCCCACCCCAUUCUCCGAUCCGACGACGUCUUCAAGACGUUCCUCACGACAGAAACAAAGGUGGCCAAGCCCAAGGCCAGCGCCAUUGCCAGCCUCAUGUCCAAGCUUUCCACUUAUACCGAGGCCGACGAGUGGUUCGCGGACAAGACCGGCGAGCUCGAGGCUCUUGAAGGCCAGCUCAAAAAGUUGCAUGCCAUGCUUGAACAAUUGGUGGCCAAGCGCAAGGAACUUGCACACCACACAACCUUCUUCGCUGAAAGCUUUGCCGAGUUGGCUGAUGCCGAAGAGGUUGAAUCGCUGAAGAGCGCCAUGCAUCAGAUGGCCGACGUGGAAGCGCGGGUGGCUCGUCUGCAUGGCAAGCAAGAACGCCGCGACUUUUUCGACAUGAGUGAAAUUGUGGCGGACUUUGUCUCCCUGUGUGGUGCCAUGAAGAUCUGCUUCGAGCAACGCAUUGGCGCCUUUCGUGCCUGGCAAAAUGCCGAGACCAACUUGGUCAAGAAGCGUGAUCUUGAAGCGAAAUACACCGCGAGUAACCGCACGGACAAGCUAGACCAGGCGGCACAGGAUGUUACAGAUGCGGAGGAGGCAGUCAAGACUACUCGAGCCAACUUUGAGCAAAUUUCGUCGCUGAUCAAGAAGGAAUGGAAGCGCUUUGAUAUCUCGCGUGCCAACGAGCUCAAGGCGAGCCUGGUCGAGUAUGUCGAGUCGAUGAUGACCCUGCAACAUCAAGUCGUAAAGGCCUGGGAGGGCUUUUUGCCCGAGGCUAAAUCUAUCGGCCAAGAUGCUUGAGCCGCACACCGGUCGUUUUAGUGGUUUCCCCGUUCUGUCCAUGUCUAUGUUCUUGGUACCUUUUGCCAUUUUUCUUGGAUGUGCUCGCUGCAUAGGAAUGUUCUCGUGGUUUCUUCCAUGUUUUUCCUCUCUAAGCCAAGCCUGUUUGGGUUGUUGGCCUCAACCUGUUUUUCCAUACCUCUAUGCUGUCCCAUGUCCCAUGUGCUUUCAGAUUGAUCAGCAACCUUGGACAACAA